UCAUAACAUCUGGAUGUUGCAGAUGUUGCGCUUUUGUGCGCUACGUUUCCGCAAUCCGCACUGUCAUCGUUUCCGUUUCCAUGCCAAGAGGCAUCACGCAAUUUUACUGGCAUAGCGUUUUUCACUUUAUUAUCACUUCCAGCUCACUGGUCUGAACGAGAAAUAACAUCGAAAUAAAACAUCUUCUCCGCGAUGGGGGAUAUUGAGGCCCCCGAAACGACGCAACCGCGCCAGAAUGCAAUGCUCUCUAUUCUCCCGACAAAAGAGUUCGCCUGUUCGCGAAAAGGACAGCUUCUUAUAUCAGAAGUGGUUCUGUCGUUUGUUUGUUUCGUGUGUUUUGUGUCGUCCACGGCAGCAUCCUUUGUCACGGCUCCACUCAUUGAGUUCCUGGCUGCCCUCUUCAUCCUCUUUGCCUACUCCACCAAGAUUAACCAGAGGUUCAAGGGCUUCCAUUGGCCGCUCACGGAUUUCCUCCGCUGUGUCAGUGCAUCCAUCAUCUUCUUCAUCAUAUCCAUAAUCUCAGUGUCUAAGUACACAGAUGGAGCCUCAAAAGCUGCUGGGGUGUUUGGCUUCAUAGCCACCAUUGUUUUUGCUUUAGAUUUCUACUUCAUUUUCAAUGAACUGGCAGACUUCCUGAAACAGGGAGGGGGAGGCGCUGACGAGCCAUCCAGACCACCUGAUAACUCAGAUGAUGACUCAGAUGAUGAUUCUGACUGAGGAGCCCCACCCCCCAGGGACUGUUCUGAACCUUCAACAAGGCCGACAGGAAAUGCGCCUGUCCUCCAACCCCCACCCCCUGCCCCAUUUUUGCUUCCUUCCUCCCUCAACCAAACAUGUUUGACCCUGCUCCAGAAGAUCUCCCAGUCCUACAGGUCCAGGGUCUAGUGGAUCCUUGAAAUGUGGCACACACUUAGAUACUUUUUUCCCCUUUCAACUGCUCUACUAAUAUGGCGCUGGGGAAUCCCCUCUUCGCUUCCUUUAUUUUGUUUUUGUGCUCAACAUAGUGGUGUGAAGGUUUUUGGGAUCCACAAUCUGUCUGUGGUGACAGACGCAAAGAAUGAUAUUCUAGAUAUUCUUGAACCUCAACUUGUUUGACUGAAGUUAUUUUUCUACAAAUCUCACAAUGCCCCUUCCCCUAGCAAUACUUUACCCCCCCCCCCCCCCCCCACACACACACACACACACACACACACACACACAUCACCAUCAGCCUUUUUAACUUUGUCCUCCUCCUCUAGAAACACGCUUCCUAUUCUAAGUUGUGGCAACUUCCCUUUUUAUUUUGCAUCUCAUUAUUUUUGGCCUUACCUGCUGUCACAGUUGUUUUGUUUGUUUGAGCUGCACUAGGAUUCUCUCAUUUGUGAUUGUGUGUGUGAAAUGUGCACUGUGUAUAUGUGAUAUGUGGUGUUUACCUGCAUUUGUAAAUGGUACACCAAUCACAUUGCCUCUGAAGACAUGACCAGUUUGUUCACAUUAACGAGGCCAGCCGUGUAGAUCCAGGGAGAGAGGAUCCUCCUGGGGGGUGUUCCAUCAACGUCGCCAACGCAAGUCGCGCUAACACGAAUAAAUCUCACUUGGGUAAACGUCAACUUAGACUUAAGCCUCAAGCCGUUCCACUAACGUUCCGUUCCACUAACAGGCAACGCUAAUUCAAGCUAGACCUCAAUAAGUUUAGACUGUGCAGCCCAGAUCAGGCGAUCGUCGAAAAGAGGAGUUAUGUUGCAAAAAGUAUAGCGUAAAGCAGCAGAGGUGUGUUGUUUCAGCAGCGUAAAUUGAUUUUUUGAGUUUUUUUGUCCCCAAAAAGGGAAAUGUUGCCGCAAUUAACAUGACAAGGGAGACAACUUGUCAAACCAUUACGACCGUUAAAAUGCGUAAAUUGUAGACCUACCAAAUCUACUUAACAUAUAUAUAUAUAUAUAUAUAUAUAUAUAUAUAUAUAUAUAUGCAUUUAGGCCUACUGAUAAUUAGCGUAAUUUGAUGAGCUGUCUGAAACCGUUCUGACAGGCUAGCCUAUGGUCGAUAUUCUCAACAGGAGAUUGAGAAUAAUAGCCCAAAAAAGAACGUGGCAGCAAUUGAAAAUUGUAGGAUAAAAUUCAAAACACUGAAGAAGGCCAUGGUUAAUUGCACUUGAUGUGGGCUAAUAAUGUUUUUGUCUUCACAUCUUGAACAAAAUCAAAAAUUACUUCAAAAUAACUUUGCCACACACAUGUAUUAACUGAUAGUCUAAAUGCUGAGCUUUAAGAUAAAAGGGAAAGAUAACCAUGACUUAAAUGGGGAUUCACUGAAAUGACUAGUAUUGCACAGAUCCAGCACUGACUUUUUAGAUCAGAAGGUGACCCAAACUGCACACUUUGUUUGGCAGAACAGUCAUUUAAAAUUGCUCAGCAUGACUAUCAUUAUUAUAUUACGAGUAUUUCCAAUUAACAUAGUCUGCCUCCACAGAUCCAGAGGGGGCUUGGACAGUGACAGACUGUGGCUGUGCCAAGUGUUGUCACAGCCUCAUUUUGGGAAAGCAUGCCCUACUGGGAACAUUAGGGGAGACUGUUGGGCACAGAAUCUAAUUGUCUUCUUUGGAAAGGGCAACAUUUGGGACACUGUCAUGUAGGGGCAGCAUAAAGGGCACUUCAUAACAGCACCUUUUUCCAUUGGAAGUAAGGGCAUGGGAACAGUCCAAUUUAGGCCAUUGUAAGGGCACCUUAUAGGGUACUGCAUCACAUUUUCUAUACUAUAAAGGAACUCUUUUUACAUUUAUAGAGGGCACACUGUCAUUUAUUGCAUGGGGCAUCCUGUGCACUCAAGCAUAUUUCACAAUGUGAAUGGCAGACAGUAGGGCACUUGGUCUAAUUUUUGCCACUCUGGGCAUUUUAGAAACGCUUUCAACCAUGGGGGCACUAGGCAGUCACCCCCUGAGUCUUCCAAUGGGCCUGGAUACACCCAUGGGGACAGUAUAUUGCACCUAUAAUAUUGGGGAAGCCAGAGGAGAGGUAAUAUACAGGCUUGUCAACAUAUAGGCUACUUUAAACAAUGAAAAUACUUUAUACAAUUGAAUAAAAAGUCCUCCUUGAUUCUUUGUGUUUCAAGAUUACCUGAAAAACUGAUGAUAAUAUUCAGGUACUGCUUUGGAGCAAGGUAUACCCUUCAUAUUUCCUGGCAUAGUUGCCCGUUCAAGAAUGUCCCACAUGCAAAGACACAGACAGAUGCAGACAGACUGAACAGUGUCAAGGCUUGGCUACAGUGAGUUUGCUUCCUUGUGUGUGAUUCCAGCAGACUACAUAGUCUAGGCCUACCUACAUAGACUGCAGUCUACUACCCUCCUUUCUACUAUUAUAGUCUACUCUCCUUUCUAUUACUUUUUACAAAGGAUGGUAGGCUGCUCUUAUGUGUUCAUUGCCAUCCUUAAGAGUUGCUAAAGUGUUAUUUCAUAUAUAUAUAUAUUUAUGUUUAUUUUUUAUUUUUAAGAAUGACAAUUACAUUUAUCUAGAUAAACUAUGCUGGGCCUGCUGAACUUAUACUUCUUCCACAGAUACUGGUCAGGGAACCAUUACUUCUGUCUCUGAAGACCCUUGGGGCUGGUGGGAUAAACGCUCCUUGUAUAAUCUGAGCACCUUCAUCCACCACAGGGUUGUCAAAGAACGGAUAUGCCAUAAUUGAUUGUAACUUGUCUAGACGCUCUGCUUAGUUUCUAAGUCCUUAUUUUAUGUCAAUUAACCAAUGGCUUUUGAAAACAAAAGUGACAUUAUUUCUUAACUUGUUUAUUUAAAUUAAUAUAUUUUUUGGAGAUGAAGUAAACAUGUAGCUAAAUCAUUAAUGUCUGCACUUCAAAAAGUCUGAAUUUACGUUUCCGAACACGGGACUAAAGUGGUUUGCGCGCAGGAAUUUACUCGACGGAACUGUCUUUUGAGAUUCUGUUUCCGCCUGUUUGAAAUUAUUUGCAAUACAUUUUAGUUUAGCUUGACUUUUAGCCUGACACGGAUCAGGCUAGUUCCGAAGUAUAAGUUACCUUGGUUACGUAGCUAGAACUAAAAUAAGCCACCUUAAUGGAACGGAACUCUCGCUAAAGUAAGUGAGACUUGGCGAGAUAAGUCUAGCUUUUCCUUAAUCGACGUUGAUGGAACACCCCCCUGAAUCUGCUUCCGGGAUAAAUACAUUUCUGUUAUUGUUUCCAAAAAAAUCAAACAUGUUCACGCUGAGUGUCUAAUCAUUUUAAUGUAAGACAAGGAGUGUCACAAAUAGACUAGUGUUGUUUAAUCUGUAGAGAAUGUUUUAAAUACAAAAAAUACAGAUUUACAAAGGACGGCUGAUUCCUCCAGUUCUGGGAACACCUGACUAUCAUUUACCAAACACCUCACAAAGUAAAGAGGAAAUUUGAAAAAGAGAAUACAAGAAAAAAACUUCACUUCAAAAAUCCACUUUUACUAAACCAUGUUAGGCAUGUGGAAGGAGCACUUGGGCCACAUAUGUAAAGGGACUGCAAGCCUGACAUUAAAGGUCAAUUCAAGGUUAUACACAGAGCCUUUUAAUUGUUUCCAACAGAAGGCUCUGGUCACACUCAAACUUGCUAACAGCGCAUCAUCCGCUUCUAGUAGCUUCCAUCCAUGCAGUGUUGAAGGCGACCAAUCAGAUGUCACCUUAAUCUGUGUUGUAUGACAUCAUAGCCAACUAGCGAGAGAUAACUUUCCUAGGGCUAGUGCCCUCUAAAUUGGAGUUAGUAUGAUGCAGUACAUAACACGGCUGUGGUACAAAGUAUUGAUAGAUAUAUGGGAUGGCAUUCAUGACAGAGAAGCACAGGCAUUUCAUACCAAUUCAGUUCUUCAUUACAAUGAAAUAUAAAUAGAAACAGUUGAUUGUCUAUUCAUCCAAUACAACCUCCUCUAUUCUUGUCUAUCCAUCAAUUAUUAUUAACAGUUAUCACGGUCAGUUCAGUUCAUAAAAAUCAAACAUUU